CCUAUUUAUGGCCAUCCCCAUCUGCACAGCGAAUAGCACACAGAAAACACAGAAGGAUAACAGAGAUGGCGGGCUUCAACUCAGAGAACACCAAUGGCUUCCACGCCGGAGAGAACGGGGACGCCGGAGAUAAAACGGCCGGAAAAGUUAUCACAUGCAAAGCGGCUGUGGUUUGGGGACCUGGAGAAGCCUUCAAGAUGGAGGAAAUAGAGGUGGAGCCUCCUCAGCGCAUGGAAGUCCGGAUUCGAAUUCUCUUCACCUCGAUUUGCCACACCGACCUCAGCGCUUGGAAGGGCGAGAACAAGCAGCAGCAGGUAUUCCCUCGUGUGCUGGGCCACGAGGCCGCGGGGGUGGUGGAGAGCGUGGGAGAGGCCGUUGAGGACUUGAGACCGGGAGACCGGGUGGUGCCGGUUUUCAACGGCGAAUGCGGGGACUGCGCUGCCUGUUCGUCGGAGAAGACAAAUAUGUGUGCUGUUUAUGCGGUCGAUCCAAUGAGGAGCGUGAUGCGGGCUGAUGGGCGGGUCAGGUUCUUCUGGGUUGGGCCUGACAAAGCCCGGCAGCCCGUUCACCACUUCUUAAACACGUCGACGUUCGCCGAAUACACCGUGAUCGACUCCGCCUGUGCUGUGAGAGUUCCGGCCGACGUGCCGCUCAGCCGGAUGUGUCUUUUCAGCUGCGGCGUCUCUACUGGGCUGGGAGCUGCGUGGAAUACGGCGAACAUCGAGAAAGGGUCCAAAGUGGCAAUCUUUGGUCUGGGUGCCGUCGGUCUUGCUGCUGCUGAAGGCGCACGCUUGAGAGGGGCGGCUCGCAUCAUUGGGGUUGACAUCAAUCCUAAUAAAUUUCUAAAAGGACGAGAAAUGGGCAUCACAGAUUUCAUAAACCCCAAGGAGUACACAAAACCAUCGCACGAGGUGAUAAGAGAAUUGACCGACGGUGGCGUUGACUACAGCUUCGAGUGCUCUGGGAAUCUUGAAGUUCUUCGUGAGGCAUAUCUAUCAACUCAUCUGGGUUGGGGGUUGACUGUGGUUCUGAGCAUUGACCCAUGCCCAAGAAUGCUUCCAAUAUUCUCCAUGGAGCUCUAUGAGAGGAAGAUAGCCGCUGCCGCGUUUGGCGGCUUCAAACCCAAGUCUCACCUGCCGGCUCUUAUCAGCAACUACAUCACUGGGGAGACUAAGAUAAAUUUGGAUGGGUUCAUAUCUCAUGAGAUGCCCUUCUCUGAAAUAAACCAAGCUUUUCAGCUGCUUUCGGAGGGCCAAGCCUUGAGAUGUCUUCUGAAGCUUUGAGUUAAUACACGUGAGGUUUGAGUUGAGGUAUUUUUAUGUAAUAAUAUAUAUUUGCACAGAAUGUCUCUUGGGGUGUUUGAUUAAUAUUUGAUGAAUGUUAAUAUUAAAUAAAAUACAGAUCAAAAUGUUAAUUCCUGCAAAAUUUUAAUU